AAUUAUUAUUUGUUGAUCUUCUAUGAUAUAUUUUGGUUUUUGUUGACAUUUUUGUCAAUCAAAUGUCAAUGUAAGUAUCAGUAAUAAUGUAGCAGUGCAGGAGUCUUGACUUGUGGUUUUUCUCAUAUAAAUUUCAGUGUAUUCUUGCACAAAUGUUCUGAAAGCUUCAUGCAACAAGAACCCUUGUUUUAUACAAAAUUUCCAACCUACAAGGAGAUCGUUUGUUACGUGAAACUUAUAAAACUGUUAUAUCCAAAAAAUGUCGCAGUCUUUCAAAUAGGCAAGAGUUGUCAGGGCCGAAAGAUCCUUAUGGUUCGUCUCAGUGAAAACGUGGACUGUUUAAAAAAUCAUGCAGUUCUUAUAGAUGCUGGAAUUCAUGCCAGAGAGUGGUUGACCCACACCACAUGCCUUUACAUUCUUAAUAAUAUCCUUGAAGAUCCCUCGGUUUUGUCUCUUAUGGAUUUUUACUUUAUUCCCUGUCUUAAUCCAGACGGUUACGUGGAAACGCACAAAUGUAAUCGUCUUUGGCGCAAAAACCUGAAUCGAAAUAACAGCAAGAAAAAGGCAAGGAUGGGCGUUGAUUUGAACCGAAACUUCCCCGUGGCAUUCGGAACCACGGGUUGUAGCAAUGAUCCCAAAAGUCUUAUGUAUCAUGGCAAGUAUCCACUUAGUGAACCAGAGUCCAAGUCAUUGGCGGAGGUCAUGAGGAAGUUUGAGAAGUGUUUGAAACUCUAUAUAUCUUUACACGCUUAUGGAAAUGUUAUCUUGUAUCCGUGGGGGUUUAAAAAGGCUGCAAUCAAACAUUCAAGAGAGCUCCAAUGCUGUGCCGCAGCUGCUUGUGAAGCUGUCCUUCGUAAGUGUGGAGAGUGCAGGUUUACAUAUGGUUCAAUUGCCCGGAAAAUGUAUGUAAGCUCGGGGAAUACUGCAGAUUUCUCAUAUGGUAUGCACAAUAUCACCUUUUCUUACAUCAUCGAGCUUCAAAAGGGCAGCAGACAUCAGGGGUUUGGUAUCAGGAAGCAGAUGAUAAAACGAGUUGGCGAAGAAGUCUUAGCCGCUGUAAUCGGAAUGGUCGAAUACGUGUUUAACUUUUACAACGAGAAAAGACAAAAAAGAAUAAAAUGUGCAAGAAAGUGCACGUCAAGGAAAUCAGGCAAGCUAAAAAGAAGAUCUAAACGAACUAAAUGCUCGUCAUCAGAGGAAGAUUGUGAAGACUGCAAAGAUGAGCAUUUAAAUAGGAAGAGAAAAAUUAGAUUUUCCGAGAGUGAUGAGUCUAUUAUUCCUCCUAAAAUGGCAAAGAAAGACUGUGACAACAAAGAUAAUUUCAUGCACUGCUGUUGAGAAUGCAUUUAGUGUCUUUUUUUAUAGUGCAGGUAUAAAUUAAAUUAGUCUUGUAUGGGUGUGCGUGUGAUAUGGGGACAUGUAUUUAAAAAAUAAUAGAUAUUUUUUAAAACGUUUUGAAGCGUUGUAGUUAAUUUGUGUGUUUAGUUGUUAUAAUGCUACACAGAAACUGCAUAAGCACUUUUAACGUUUUUGU